AGAGACGCACUCAGCUGUUUCUUCACGCUAGUCAGUGUCCACAGUGAACGGGAUGAGAAAAGGUGCAGUUGUCUUUUUCUUCUCCCUUUUGCUGUCUUCUCUCCUUUGUUCGGAGGCGAAGAACAGCAGAGAGAAAUCAAUCCCACCCGUUGUACUAAUCCCUGGAGAUGGCGGAUCACAGAUAGAAGCGAAGUUGGACAAACCAGAGGUAAUCCACUACAUUUGUUCAAAGAAGACGGAAGGAUGGUUCGACUUGUGGCUGAACAUGGAGCUUCUCGUUCCAUACGUUAUAGACUGUUGGGUGGACAACAUGAAGCUGGUAUAUGACAAUGAAACACGUACAACUACUAACGCACCAGGAGUUACAACAAGAAUACCUGGAUUUGGUAACUCGACUACAGUUGAAUGGUUAGACCCCAGUCACCGAUCUCCCACCGGGUACUUCAAGGAUAUUGUGAAUGCUCUUGUCUCACUAGGAUAUGAAAGAGGGGUGUCUGUGCGAGGUGCCCCCUUCGACUUCCGCAGGGCCCCAAAUGAGCAUGGCGAGUACUUCCGUGAUCUCCGCAGACUAAUCGAGGAAACUUACCAGAGCUCAGGGAGGAAGGUGAUUCUCAUCCUGCACAGCAUGGGUGCGCCAAUGAUGCACUACUUUCUAAACCUACAGGAACAACAUUGGAAAGACAAGCACAUAGAAACUGUAGUGUCCCUGGCUGGUGCAUGGGGAGGCUCCAUCAAAGCUGUCAAAGUUUAUACAGCUGGGGAUAACCUGGGUAUCUAUGUCAUUAGCUCGUUGAAAGUAAGAGCCGAGCAGAGAUCAGCUCCCAGCCUGGCCUUCCUCCUGCCCUCUUCUGAUCUCUGGGGACCUGACGACGUCCUGGUUGAGACACCCACGAAAAACUACUCGACUUCAAACUUCCAAGACCUUUUUGACACCCUGAACUUGCCUGAUGCCUACGAGAUGUACCUGGACACCAAGGAUUUAUUGAAGAACCCCCCAGCGCCUGGUGUUGAGGUCCACUGCCUGCAUGGGGAAGGAGUUGACACGGUUCGAAAAAUUAGUCUAUGCUGCUGGGCAAUAUCUUAUCACAUUGUCCAAACCAUGGGUAGCAAGUAUCCAACAGUUGAGCCUGCUUAUCAUUUUCUAAAAAAAUUGCAUGCCACAGCUAAGAGCAUGGAGAACAGAUGGGUUGGCAAACAGAAGCAGAAGGUUUACCACAAGCCCUACCAAGGUAUUGACCACAUGCAGAUCCUCCGUGACCCUAACGUCAUCAGUUAUGUGGUGGAGUUAGUUCAGAACAUAACUAAGAAAAACAUGAGGCUUUCACGGAAAAAGGCUAAGAAUCUGUUUCAACUAGAGAAGAAUAGGAAGGACAAGGCAGAGCAACGCAUUCUCAAAACAGAAGCUAAUGACAUUAUCAUGCCAAGGAAAUGGUUUGAUGCAAUAUAUGUCAACAAAGAGGAAUAUAUGGAACAACGAAGUAAUUCCAGGGUGAAUAAGCAACAUCCUAACAGCAUACAAGCAUUACUAAAUGAGGAUUACGCAGUGACGGAAUCGUGACGGAGGCCGACAGUGUACUGAUGUAAUUAAUUAUCCUUUUCUCUGACAAAUCUUUCAGCAGAAGUAAGAAAGAUAGCAAAAUCUUAGUCACUAGAUUAAGCUUUAUUCCAGUGUUUUUUUAAUAAUGAGUUUAUUCAUUACAAUCUACUUUGGCACAAAUGACUUAGCAUGAUUAAUAUAUCCCAGUUGCCUUUUCCCAAUGAGGUCUUUCCUUUUUUUAUGAAUCUUUUGUGUUAUCAGUGACUAGGUGUUAGUUUCAAUGCACAAAGGACAAAAAGAAGUGUUCAUAUACUUAGGAAUGAAAAUAUGAUUAGUUUAUAAGAUAUCAGUUUUUAUAGUGAAAGUUUUAUUCUGGUACGUAUCUGCCUUAUUAAGGAGAAGGUAUGCUGUUUGUGUAUUACACUGUAUGUAGUCUUGCUCAAAAGUGUGUUAGCAUAGAGAUUGUAUGAGUUACGUUAUGUAUGAAAACCAGAGUGGUAAUAUUCAUGUGGCUUCAUUGUAAGCUUGAAUUUUAUGAUAUGGUGCCCUACCUCUGUCUGUGAAUAUGUAAUGCACAGAAGGAAUAUUUUAAUUUUAUAUGACAUAUUGUAGUGUGAAAUGUAUUUAUCAGUUUCUCAUUAGCAGUUAUUUUAAUUUUCCAAUUCCUCAUUAGAGGUAUGAAGUUUGUUCAGAAAUGAAACAUGUAUUGAGGCUUCAAUACGGAAUGUGUAUAAGUACCUGAUAAAGCUGAGAAUAUGAUUAUAAUGAUCACAUACCUAAAAUUUACAUCUCAAGAUAUUAAGAUAAAGAAAACAGAUCUAAUAUUGCACUUGAUAAACAGCACUGUCAUUGCAUAUACUAAGUAAUGUGGAACAUCUCAGUUAUCAGGCAAAUCUGAUAUAAGGUUUGUGUUUGGAAUUGUGAUAUUAACUAUAAUUAAGAGAAAGAAAUCUCCAUUUUCAUGGAAGAAGUAUUCAUGAAUUAGAAAUGCAGUUUCCAUGAGGUGAUUGGAAAUAGGUUUUAGGUAAUGACAAAGGAAAAUGAAAACAUACGUAUCGUUAACAUCUUUGAAGAUAUAUCAGUGACCCUCUUUCCUGUAGUGCAUCAUAUCAUGUUGCAUUGUCAUGAGAGUAUGUACUGUAUAAAGAUUGUAAAUGCUGUCAAGAAUAAAGGAACUUCAUUUGUUCUAUUUAAAUGACAGGUUUACUGAGAAAAGGUCAAUAGAUCCCAAUGUAUGUUGGUGUCGUAAUGGUAAUUUCAUGCAUGAAAAGUAUAGGGAAAGAAUCAAGCCUUAUUCUUUGUAAAUGUAAAAGUCUAAACAUAAGAACAAAUGUGAAACUAUAAUGUUGUUUCAUUCCUUGAUAGAUAUUGCAUGUUACUCUUGUAUAAUCACAAAUUAAACAGUUAUACUGCAAUCACUCUUCUAGGAGUAAGACGUGUAAGAUUCACAAGUUCCUCUUUCGGAAAUCAUUGAACCUUGAUGAAAGAAUCACUUUCUUCAAUCUGUUACCCUUUGAGUGUUUACUCGUAAUUUUAUUUUAAGUGAUAUGCUUUAUGAUAUCAGAACUGACUGCUAAAACAACAUUUAAGUGUAUAUGAACUAUGUGUAUGAUUUAGUUGUAUGUUUAAUAACCUUUGUGUAUUUAUGAAAUGAAAAGUUACUAUUCUAGAUAGAACUAAUAUAAAAGAGAAGUUAUUGCAGUGAAAGCAUUGCAUAAGAUUUAUUAUUUGAUUAUUAUUUGAUUAUAUAAGAAUUUAAUUGAAAGCUAAAACUUAUGCUAAAAAAUAUCUUAUUAAUAUUACUUUCGAACUGAAAAUGGCAUUAAGGAGAUUAUGCACAACAAAAUUUAUGAUACAAUGUAUUGAAUUUUUGUACAGAAAUCUCAGUUCCUUUAUAUAGUAGUAUUUUAAGUGUGUCAUAUCCUGAAGGUGUAGAAUAUUAGUGAGUUGUAAAAAAUUGUUUUAAAUUUUUUCUGAUGUAGUUUGUAAAAGCAUUAAUAGCUUUUUCUGGAGAGAUAUAUAUAAUAAAUAUGUAUAUGUACUAAGCAA